UCUUUAUAUAAAAAGUUCCUUUUUACAAAGCGAAUUAAAAGCGUCUGAAAAGAGAAACGGAAUAGGUUUCGAAGUGAAAGAAGUAUCAUCAGCAAACGAUAAUGAAACUUUGGUUCAGUUGUAUGAUGUUAUGGGGUUGUUGCGCAAAUCUGGCAUUUAUGAAACAGAAUGUCACAGAAAAUUCAAAUAGAAUAACUGAAAAUUUGGAUCUUGGGAUUAUAAAUGGAAGAGAAGCAAAAGAAGGUGAAUUUCCCUGGAUGGUUGCUUUAUACUUAAAUGACACGUACCACUGUAGUUCCUUCUUGAUUUCUCCAACUAUUGUAAUGACUGCAGCUCAUUGCGUACAAUCUAAUAAUGUUGUUGAACCAGCCACAGCUUUUUAUGGAAUCAUUGGCAACAUUAAUCGCGAAGGUCCGGAAACUCGUAUCCAGUUCAGAGAGGUGGCGGCACAUCCCCAGUACAAAAACACUGCAUCGGGAUAUGACAUAGCUGUACUCCGAGUCUCUUCCCCAGUGGAAAUGAUUGAUUUGAUACAAUUCAUAUGUUUGCCGGAAUCUGGCAAGAAUUUCGAUCUUCUGUAUGUACAGGCUAUGGGAUGGGGCAGAACAUCCUAUAAUAAUAAAGAUGCACCUAAAAUUUUGAUGACGACUAAGCUGUCCGUACUACCGAUACCUAUAUGCCAGUCCAUUGAUGCAUUUGGGGGAAUUACUGUAACAGACAGGAAUAUUUGUGUUUACUCAUCAAGACCUACUGGAGUUUGCUAUGGUGAUUCCGGAAGUCCAGCGGUUUAUGACGAUCCAAUGAGUGGUAAGCCUGUGGCUGUUGGAGUGGCAUCCUUCGGCGUGGAAUGUGGCCGGCCUCUAGUACCAAGUGUUUACACCAGGAUUGCUUCAUUUAUCGACUGGCUCAAGGAAACAGUUGAUGAAACUAAUGAUAUAUGCUUUGUAUGAGAAAUUCGAUGAAGAAAUAAAUUCAUUUGCAUUGCAAAGAAA